AUGAUUUAUUCAAUGCAUCAAUCAUUUGUUAUACCAUCCAAGUGUAAUCAUGUAUCAGCUAGUCGUUGUUCCGUUAAAGUUGUAUUUUGGUAUGAUCGUGCAUCCUAUAAUAUUACAUUUACUGGUGAAUCAUCACAUGAUAACACUCUUGGUGACAAUAAACAUUUUGUUAUGAUUGAAACUGCUGUAAACAAAUUUUUUUCUUAUGAUAUUCAUCAUGUUUGCAAAGAGACUGAUGAUUGUGCUCGUAUUUUUGCUGAACAAACAAUUAUUCAAAUGGCUAAACGUUCAUAUAAUAUAACGAAAAUUUAUUCUGAUUUAAAUCGAUUAUUACAUGAAAAAUCAAGUUUAUCUACAAAUUUAGCCUGUUUUGAUAUCAAUGAGGGUGUUCGUCAAUGUACUGUUCCUGGAAUGUCUGGCUCGUGUCAGAUCGUCGAUGAUUUGAUUAAACAUAAAUUUCAUAGACGUUUAUGUCUUCAUAGUAAUCAAGAAUCUGCUAGCGUUAAUAUUUUCGAUUCCGGUAGCUUUGCACUGAUGACUCUAAAAUGUAAUCGUAUGCUAUGUAAUGGACCAUUGACGAUAGCUGCUGUGAAAAAAGUAUUGCAACAUCAUAAUAUUACCGAUGUUAAUGGUAUUCAAUAG